AAUCAACAUCGUUGGAUUCAGUUCAUUCAUCACUGAUCAUCACUCAGCUUCUGUGAAUUCUGGCUGUGCAGUAGCUAACGCCAAGACUGACUACUGAUUGCACCAAACUCCAACAGACCUCUCCUGUCGUCAAAAUGGCUGCCAAGGAAGUCCCCAUGGAUGAGGCGAACAAGUCCAGCGCCGAUCAAUCUGGAAAGGCGAACGGCUCCGCCCAUGCUAACGGAACCGCGAACGGCUCGGCCGCAGAAAACCCUGGCGGGGAAUCAGAUGACGACCCUGACGAACAUGUCAUUGAUGCCAGUGCUGUCGCUGGUGAAGGUGGUGCCAAGAAGAAGAAGAACAAAAAGAAGAACAAGAAGAAGAAGAGAAAGGGUCUGACUGUGCAGACCGAUCCUCCCUCCGUCCUCAUGUCCCAACUGUUUCCAAACAACAGCUACCCCAAGGGCGAAGAGGUUGAAUACCAGAACGAGAAUGCAUAUCGCACCACCGACGAAGAGAAGCGCCAUUUGGAUAACAUCAACAGCGACUUCCUCUCCGAUUACCGCCAGGCCGCUGAAACGCAUCGCCAGGUUCGUCAGUGGGCACAGAAGAAUAUCAAGCCAGGCCAAACCCUCACUGAAAUUGCCAACGGCAUCGAGGAUAGUGUACGUCGUCUAGUCGGACACGAUGGCUUAUCCGAAGGCGACGCGAUUGUCGCCGGAAUGGGAUUCCCAACUGGCUUGAACCUCGACGAAAUUGCCGCACAUUUCAGCCCAAAUGCCGGUAACAAAACGGUGCUUCAGCAAAACAACGUCAUGAAGGUUGACAUUGGCGUCCACGUGAAUGGUCGCAUCGUGGACAGCGCCUUCACCAUGGCGUUUGAUCCUACAUAUGACAACCUGCUCGCAGCCGUAAAGGACGCGACAAAUACUGGUGUCCGCGAAGCCGGGAUUGAUGUUCGCCUCGGCGAGUUAGGUGGCCUCAUCCAGGAGGCUAUGGAAAGCUACGAGUGCGAGAUCAACGGAACUACACAUCCGAUCAAGCCGAUUCGCGGCCUAGCCGGGCAUACCAUCUUACCGUACAGCAUCCAUGGCACAAAGAGCGUCCCCCUUAUAAAGACGGACGACAUGACCAAGAUGGAAGAGGGCGAUGUCUUUGCCAUUGAAACAUUUGGCAGCACUGGCACCGGCCGGGUUUGGGACGAGGGUGAAACCUCGCAUUACGCCCUCCGCAAGGAUGCGCCCAAGAUGGACUUGCGUCUGUCUUCGGCCAGAUCCCUGUUGAACACGAUCCAGAAGAAUUUCAGCACCAUUCCGUUCUGUCGACGCUAUUUGGACAGAAUUGGACAGGAGAAGUAUCUGCUUGGUCUCCACAAUCUCGUGAAAUCCGGCAUUGUUGAAGAUUAUCCUCCUUUGGUUGAUAAGAAAGGGUCAUACACGGCCCAAUUUGAACAUACGAUCUUGCUCAGACCUACUGUGAAGGAGGUCAUCAGUCGUGGAGACGACUACUGAGUAGGCUAGGACUUUUUGAGCGGUCAUGGCAUAUCAAGAGCUCGGGGAUCGUGGUUUCCCGUGCUAUACAGAUUGAAACAUAUCUGGCACCCACGAGUCAAUGAAGUAUUCUCUUCGCCUCCUUCCAGAGAAGGAACCUCACUGUCAUUACAUUCUUUCUAAACACACAAGAUUGUUAAGUAUUCUCUACGACUCAUUUCAGCGGAGCAACCACACCGUCAUUACAUAGUUAUCUACUCAGACUCGCUUGCAGAAUGCAGACUCUGAGAAUCUUAUUCGUGUAUUGUCACUA